AUGGGGUUGGCAGACAGAAUAGCAAGGAAGCUGGCCAGAAAGCGACCAAGCGGUAGGCUUUCACGGCUUGAGAAGACAGCUUACCGCCGGGCACAGUCCUUAGAGAGCAAUCACGCAAGCAUUGCCGCGAUAUGGUCGGAGUUUGGAGUCGCACCUCCACCUGGUGCUCUACGGCGGCGUCCUGAUAGUCCUAUCCCGGCAACCUUCUACGAUCACAGCACACGCAAGAUUAAAAAGUCGAGGACACGACACCGUACAACGGGUAGGGGCGCAUAUCUCACACCGGGUCAGCACAAGGGUGAGCGAAUUGUGCCCUUCAACCCUGCACGUUCCAUCCAGAACCAGAUUGAUGGUGAACAGCCAGAACUGGUUAGCAAUAGUGAAUUGCGAGGAACGGAAAUCAAUGUCGCUCGUAGCACCGAUGCCUAUUUGUCAACGGAAGCGGAAGAAUUUCAUGCUCAGCUGGCAGCGAGGGUUCAAGAUGACGAAGAUUUGGAGUAUAUGCCUACGAACAGAGACGUCCCGGCCCCUGCGCAAAACGACCAUCGCGAGCAGGCAGGUCAUGGUCAGCAGUCGUUGGACUUUCGUCCACAACGAUGUAUAAACAUCGCGACAAUCAAUCGAAACCCUGCGAAACUGGGUCAAUCAAACGCUAUGAGGAAGCAACUCGCCAAAAUGGACAAAGCUGCUGAUGAAUACGAUGACAAGGAGAAUAUUCGGGAAGCGGCACUGACCGAGCUUUCUCCAAGCACUCUCCAGAGCGAGGAGUCAGCUGCUCGAAAGACUGACCAGGCCGGUUUCAUUGAUGCGCGGAGGAGCGACAUUAAUCACCAUACCCGGCUGUUAACAGUAACGGAAUUCAUGAUGGAGCGUGGUCUCCCCCAGACGCUUGACAGCUUACGCAAAAUCCCCGAGACUCAUUCGAUUCAGCCUCUACAACUAUCGAACAUACACGAUAAUGUCCUUCACAACGAUGUAACUGACUUCCUCUUCAACGCCUGUGAAAUGACGGAGUCGCUCGUUCACCAAGUCCGAUCGACCGACUACACAUUCGCCGACGACACCUCUCGUAUCACAGCAGAAUCUCUGGAUCUCCCCACGGCGCACGAUGCACUUCGAUAUUGCUCGCAGCUCUUUCAAGAAGCUGAAGGUUCUCUCUACGACCAUUCUCAAUACCAUGUCCUGCACAGCAUCACGAUCAAGAUGAAUCAGGAGCUUGUGCGUGGCGAGUUCUACGAUCUCGCAGGUGCUUACGAGUGCUCCAUCCCACAAUAUAACAUCCACAUGCCGGUGACUCAGAUCUUUGAGUUCUUGGAGUGGUCCAAGGAAUAUCGGACUGGAGUCUUAUUUAACGUUUCUCGGCUCCAUAGCGAGCCCGGUAUCCGGGACAAGCUGUGGCACCGUAUCCUUCACGCUGCGCCACACGUCUGCCGCUCCAAAGAGAUCUUGCUGGUGCUGUUGCUCGCGCCAAAGGAGGAUCUGGUCGAAGAAGUCCGCUCGUUCUUCUACGUUGACACUGAGUGGUAUAACCGAACGAAGAACAAUUGCCUGCGAGAUUUCUGCGACGUUUCUGGUAUGAGCAUUGGUAGAGUGGAGGAGCUGUUCAAUGCUACCACGAAUGAGUUCCAUUAG